AUGAAAGAUAUCGAAUGUAAAAAAGUGAAUGAGGGGCAGUUUGGAGGAUGGAUGAAGGCAGGGGAUUGGGGUCAGAAUAGCAGGAAUGGACAGAACUCAAACCACUCGGGAAAUUCUCAUGAAACUCCAACAGGCCAGGCAAAUCAUCAGUCUAAUUCAUCUGGGGUGGCCCAAAGAAUGCAACCUGUGGCGACUCAACAAUUGUUUGAAGAGGAAGCCAGUCGUACUGAUGGGGGGGAGCCUAUGUCCAGGUUAUGUGUUUUCAGUCCUCAGGAACAACGGGAGCGGCAGGGUAGUAAAGCAAAUCUUAGCCAGAAGAAAGAUGCUCUGAUAGUGCACAAACUUUUGGAGCAACAUCAGAUGGGUCAAGGGAUGGAGAUGGAGGAACAGAGACAAGUGGCAGUUAUUGGGGUAGAAAAGACUUCAGAGGUGGAGUUCUCUACAGAGGCAAUGGAUGUGAGGGAGGAGGUUCAAUUGAGAAAUAAUAGAACAUGGAGGAGAGCCACUAGACAGAGAACAACACCUUUGAAAUCAAUUGAGGAAGAAGGGGAAGAUCACAAGGGUAAAACAAAAAAGAGAGGCAGAAAGGCAGGGGUGUUAAAACAAAGCAAUAAGACAGACCCAAUGAAUGAAGGGGGAAAGGGAAGAAACCUAAAGUUGCAGCAGAUGAGGAAGUUGGGGAUGGAAGAUAGAUGGAAAUUGGUGGAGCCAGUGGGGAUAAGUGGUGGGUUGCUCUUAAUGUGGAAUUUGGAGGUGGAGAUAAAGCAGGUGAAGUGUUCUGAGUUCAGUAUUGGGGUUGAAUUUAGGAUGGAGGGGGAGGCUAUGUGGGAGUGGUGUACUUUUGUCAAUAUGAACACUGACAAGAGGGUGAGAACUAUGCAGUGGAAUCAGUUGACAGAGGAGAAAAAUGGUUGGGGAAGGAAGUGGUUACUAGUGGGAGAUUGGAAUGAUAUAUGUUGGCAAGAAGAGAAGAAAGGGGGGAGAUUGAGAUCAGAGGCUAAUAUGCUGGGUUUCAGAGGGUUUGUGGACAGGAUGGGAAUGAAGAAGUUGGAUAUGAUAGGUCAAUCCUAUACUUGGGGGAAUAAUAGGGAGGGAGAGGGGUUUGUGGAGGAGAGAAUAGAUAAGGCUUUUGCAUCCUUUGAUUGGCUAAACCAAGUCUGUUCCUCGGCCAAGAUAACCGCACCUAGUUCGUGUGUGGUGCCGAGUCUCCCGUUCCAAGUUUCGUUCGGGUCAAGCUCUUGGAUAUGGCCGAGCCCUAGUGGCAUUUUUCUAAGUAUAAUGGCUCAUGGGUCCAGCCAUUACUUAGCCAAGAAUCAAGCUGGUCCCUUGGGGUCAAAGUUAGUCCAAGUCGCGGACAAGAGUGGACAAGCAAGUCAACAAGACACUAGCAUGGAGCAUUGUGAAGUGGAGCCUUAUUUUAAGGAGAAAGGUGAUGUCUUGUCCCCUCCACUCACCUCCAACCUGACCAAACAUGUUCCCCACUCCAUUUGCAUGUCUUGGACGUCCCAAAGUCAGCAACCAAGCUCCUCAAGUCGUGGUCAAGAGUGGAUAGCAUGGUCAAAGUGCACUAGCAUGAGAGAUUCCCAAAUUCAGCAUUCAAAGCCUCCAAACCGUUCAAGACAAGUCAAGGGGACACUAGUGUUGAGCUUUGUGAAGUGGCUCUCUAAAUUAAGGAAAAGAGUGUUCCUUUGUCCCCUUCCACUCACCUCCACAAGACCAGACUUGUUCCCUCCACCAUUUGGACGUCUUGGGCAGCUCAAGGUCAACAACAAGCCUAAGGAGAGUCGAGCCUCCGACCGCUACCUUACUUCGAGCACUUGCGUCAGUCCAGAUAUUUUCAGUUACCAGGGUUUGGCGGCCGAGGGCCUUAAUAUCCCCCUGGUACCCGCAGAUCGGGUUGUGCACACGAGCGGCCGAGGGCCGAGGGUCGACGGACCAAAGAUUAAGAAAAGAAAAGAAAAGAAAGAUUAA